ACCGUUUUCGUGUUCCGUCUAUUUGUGGGGUGCUUCCUCUUCGUGUUGUUCCACUAUUUUUUUUUUCUCUCCUUAUGCUUCAAGUAUAUAUGAAAUCUACAAAAACAAAUUCCACCCAUUCAUCCAUUUGACCAGAUAGCCACGAUCUCUCCCGCUUCAAGUACUAGGGUUUUGAUUUUAUCCACCAGCAACUUUAAAUUUCAAUGAAACAAGUACAACAACCACCCUAUAAAACCCAACACAAUCCUUAAUUAAUUUUCUAAUUCUCAAAACAAUCUUCUAUUCCUUCUUUCUUUUGUUACAUACAACAUAUAUUCUCAUGAACGACUUGUUAUCGGGUUUGUUCUCAAAGGGAAAACAACAACAGCAGCAGCAACAACAACGACAUCAGCAUGUGAUCGAGAUAACACAAGGUGGUGGCAUGGACUUGGACAAGUUCUUCCAAGAAGUGGAAUCAGUGAAGGAGGACUUGAAGGAGUUAGAGCGUCUCCACCUAAGCCUUCGUGCUACAAACCAACACGGAAAAGCGCUUCACAGCCCAAAGGGCGUUAGGGAGCUUAGGUCACGCAUGGACCUGGACGUGGCUCUCUCUCUCACCAAAGCGAAGCUCGUGAAGGGUCGCUUGGCGGCUCUUCACCGAACCAACCAAGCGACCCUCUCCUUGCCCGGUUGCGGGCCCGGUUCAUACUCCGACCGGACCCGAACCGCGCUUGUGGGGGCCUUGACGAAGAACCUGAGACAGUCCAUGGAGAGUUUCAAUAAGCUGAGAGAGCAGAUAUCGUACGAGUACAGAGACACUGUGCAACGUAGAUACUACGCUGUCACUGGAGAAAACCCUGAUCAAGAAACCAUUGACCUCCUCAUCUCCACGGGUGAGAGUGAAACUUUCUUACAGAAAGCCAUCCAACAGCAAGGGAGAGCCACUAUCAUGGACACCAUCCAAGAGAUUCAGGAGAGGCACGACACGAUGAAAGAGAUAGAGAGAAAUCUACACGAGCUGCACCAAGUGUUCAUGGACAUGGCAGUGCUGAUCCAACACCAGGGUGAACACUUGGAUAACAUAGAGAGCCACAUGGAACUUGCAAACUCCUUCGUGAGCAUAGGGGUGCAGCAUUUGCAGGUUGUGAGGAGUCAUCAGAAGAACACCCGCAACUGCACUUGUUUCGCCAUACUUCUCUUCAUUAUCGUGUUGGUCAUAGUUCUCCCUAUUGUUUUCAGAAAUUGAUCAAAUGGGGUUGGUGUGUGAAUUGUGAUCAUUGGUGAGUGGUGGCUAUAACAUCAGAACUUGGUAGUCAAGUCAAGUCAAAGCUGCAUGCCUUGACCUUCUUCCCAUGUGAAAAUGCAUUCCUUUCUUUCUGUGAUCAUAUUAAUAUAAAUGUAGUGUGUUUUUUUCCUUGCCGCUGUUUAACGUCUGUUUGAGGAUUUUUCUGACAAUGGAACUUUUACUAGCAUGGAGGCUAGGCUGGAGCUAAAACACUUUUAUCUCUUCUAGGUCUCUUUGAAAGAAGAGGAAAUAGAAGAGAAUGAAGGCAAAGGGUUACGGCUAGAUGAUGUUGUUCAUGUAACAAAUUAAGCAAGUGUGGAUGUAUAUAGUAUAUAUCAUUAUACAAUAGCAUGACCUAUAAUCCUAUAUAUACUUUUAUGUACAAUUUCAUUUGUUGGUUACGUACGUACGUGCCUGUGUAAAUAUUAAUUGAAUUUCUACAGUACAGUUUAUAAAA